CUGCACUGCACAGACCAGUCGCUGGGGCCCCUCCACUGCAAUAAAAUGUUUGACGGCUCCCUCCUGCCUCUCUUAUUUCCUUUCCUGCUGCUCUGGGGACUGGACACCACCACAGCCGGCGGCGCGGAGCUGGAAGUGGCCAUCCCGCAGCGAGUGGCGCUGGAGAAGAUCCACCUGCUGCAGCCGGCCGGGGCCGGCCGGGGCCGGGAGCAGCCGGGCCGGCGCUCGCCGCCCGAGGAGGAGGCCGUGCUGCUCCGCCUGCCGGCCUCCGGCCGGGAGCUCUACCUGCACCUCCGGCGGGACCUGCACUUCCUCGCGCGGGGCUUCGCGGUGGAGGAGCCGGGAGAGGCCCGGGCCCGCAGCCGCCCCCCGCCAGAGCAGCUCUGCUUCUACACGGGCCACGUGCUGAACCGCAGCGACUCCUUCGCCUCCGUCAGCACCUGCGCCGGGCUGAUUGGCUAUAUCCAGAUUGGAACAGAACAACUGCUAAUACAACCUGUAAAUAUCUCGGAGACCUCAUUCAGUGGAAGAGAGCAUUUCAUCAGGCACAAACGAUCCUCAAAAUCCACCUAUCCUGCUAAGUCCCAGGUCCCUGCCGAGCACUGCAAAGUCAUAUCAGAAAAAAAGAGACAAAAGAAGAUGAAACCAGUGAAUGACUGGAGAGAGCGAAGAAAUGCCAUCCGACUCACCAAUGAGUAUACAGUAGAAACCCUGGUAGUGGCUGAUGCUGAUAUGGUGCAGUACCAUGGUGCUGAGGCAGCCCAAAGGUUCAUCCUCACAGUUAUGAACAUGGUGUACAAUAUGUUUCAGCACCAGAGCCUCGGAAUUAAAGUCAGCAUUCGAGUGACCAAGCUAGUCCUCCUUCGAAAUCGUCCUGCAAAACUGUCCAUUGGGCACCAUGGAGAGAGGUCUCUGGAGAGUUUUUGCCACUGGCAAAAUGAAGAGUAUGGUGGAGCAAAGUAUCUUGGUAAUAAUCAGGUUCCUGGUGCAAGAGAUGAUACCCCUCCUGUGGACGCUGCUGUCUUUGUUACCAGGACAGAUUUCUGCGUACACAAAGACGAACCCUGUGACACAGUGGGGAUCGCUUACCUGGGAGGUGUAUGCAGUGCCAAGAGGAAGUGUGUCCUUGCUGAAGACAAUGGUCUCAAUCUGGCAUUUACCAUAGCACAUGAACUUGGGCACAACGUGGGGAUGAGCCAUGACGAUGAUCAUUUGUCCUGCGCAGGAAGAUCUCACAUAAUGUCUGGAGAAUGGGUGAAGGGCAGGAACCCGAGUGACCUUUCUUGGUCUUCCUGCAGCCGUGACGACCUUGAAAACUUCCUAAAGUCCAAGGUGAGCACCUGUUUGCUGGUAACAGACCCCCGAAGCCAGUAUGCCCUGCGGCUUCCCCACAAGCUGCCAGGGAUGCACUACAGCGCCGAUGAACAGUGCCAGAUCCUAUUCGGGACCAAUGCCACUUUCUGUAAGAAUAUGGAGCAUUUGAUGUGUGCUGGGCUGUGGUGCUUGGUGGAAGGAGACACAUCUUGUAAAACCAAGCUGGAUCCCCCUCUGGAUGGCACAGAAUGUGGCGCAGACAAGUGGUGCCGAGCUGGGGAAUGCGUCAGUAAAACUCCCAUUCCUGAGCACGUCGAUGGAGACUGGAGCAUGUGGAGUCAAUGGAGCAUGUGCAGCAGGACAUGUGGCACCGGUGCCCGAUUCAGACAGCGGAAAUGCGACAAUCCCCCCCCUGGGCCAGGAGGCAAGAACUGCCAGGGAGCCAGUGUGGAACACACAGUUUGUGAAAAUUUACCCUGCCCUAAAGGAGCGCCUAGCUUCAGGGACCAGCAAUGCCAGUCUCAUGACAGAUAUACCAACAAGAAGAAAAGCCUCUUGACAGCUGUCAUCAUUGAUGAUAAGCCAUGUGAACUCUUCUGCUCUCCUCUGGGGAAGGAGUCUCCUGUGCUGGUGGCAGACAGGGUUCUUGAUGGUACUCCGUGUGGGCCUUAUGAGACUGACCUCUGCGUACAUGGCAAGUGCCAGAAAAUCGGCUGCGAUGGGAUCAUUGGCUCAGCUGCCAAAGAGGAUCGUUGUGGAAUCUGCAACGGAGAUGGCAAAACCUGUAAAGUGGUGAAAGGAGACUUCAACCACACCAAGGGGAUGGUAACCAAUAGUCACUGUAAGAAGGUUUCCACGUGUGUGAUGGCAAAGGCAAAGGCUGUUCCCAAGUGUUUCUCGUGUUAUAUUGAAGCAGCUGUGAUCCCUGCAGGUGCUCGACGGAUCCGAGUGGUGGAGGAUAAACCAGCCCACAGUUUUCUGGCUUUAAAAGAUUCCGGUAAGAGAUCCAUUAACAGCGACUGGAAAAUUGAGCUUCCUGGUGAGUUUCAGAUCGCAGGCACUACUGUCCGGUACGUGCGAAGGGGUCUAUGGGAGAAAAUGUCUGCCAAAGGACCAACUAAAAUACCACUGCACUUGAUGGUGCUGUUAUUUCACGACCAGAAUUAUGGAAUUCAUUACGAAUACACCAUUCCUGUCAACUAUACUGCCGAAAACAGAAGCGAGCCAGAAAAACAACAGGAUUCUUUGUACAUCUGGACACACAGCGGAUGGGAAGGAUGCAGUGUGCAGUGUGGAGGAGGUGAACGUAAAACCGUUGUAUCCUGUACUAGGAUAGUUAACAAGACCAUGAUGCUGGUGAAUGACAGUGACUGCCAGCGUGUGAUGCGCCCUGAACCUCAAGUCAGGAGAUGUAACACACACCCCUGCCAGUCACGGUGGGUGACAGGCCAUUGGAGUCCUUGCUCUGCCACUUGCGAGAAAGGCAUCCAGUACCGGGAGGUGACUUGUGUUUAUCAGUUGCAGAAUGGCACCUACGUUAACACCAGAGACCUCUACUGCCUAGGCAACAAACCCACACCAAUACAAAGCUGUGAAGGCCAGGACUGCCUUUCUAUCUGGGAGGCUUCAGAAUGGUCAAAGUGCUCAGCAGAUUGCGGCAGGGGAAUCCAGAAGAGAACAGUAAUAUGCACGAAUUCUCAAGGGAAAUGCGAUGCAGCCACCAGGCCAAGGGACGAGGAAGAGUGUGAGGAUCACACAGGCUGUUAUGAGUGGAAAACAGGGGAUUGGUCUAAGUGCUCCUCAACCUGCGGGAAGGGCCUCCAGUCACGUGUGGUGCAGUGUAUGCACAAAGUCACCGGCCGCCAUGGCAACGAGUGCCCUGUCCUAUCCAAGCCAGCAGCCUACAGGCAGUGUUACCAAGAGGUCUGCAACGAGAAGAUAAAUGUCAACACAAUUACCUCGCCCAGACUUGCUGCUCUCACAUAUAAGUGUACAGGAGACCAGUGGACAGUGUACUGCAGGGUGAUCCGUGAGAAGAACCUGUGCCAGGACAUGAGAUGGUAUCAGCGCUGCUGCCAGACAUGCAGAGACUUUUACGCAAACAAGAUGCAGCAGAAGAGUUAAUGAAUUGGUGCUGCUCCUUAGGGUAUUACAGCUGUUUCUAUGUAAAUCAUGAACUAGUAGCUCUGAGUACUGGAACUUAAUGAGUUGCUACAAUGUGGUGGAUUCCAAAGCAUACCUAAUAAGACUUGAAACUAAUUCUGCAGACUGGAUGUACCAAAGUAAUCCACUCAUCCACCUUAAAAAGAGUCAUCUCAAGGAGCCAAUCACGUAGAAUUUUAUUGUGUUUUGACAUCAUUACAUUUUUUAUUAAUGCUUUUUACUUUAAUAUAUUAUUACCAGCCACUGGAUGGCUUGCUACCAUUUGGAAAAAAAAAAAAAGACAAGAGUUGCAACAUGAUUAAAUUGACUAAAGUCAUGUGUACCUCAGUGGGAGAAAGCCUCUGGCAAAUAACUCAGCAAACGUGCAGACAUUACUUAAUGCUUCAACCUUGGCUUCCAUCUGAUGCUCUUAAUUCCCAACAGUUAGCAUGCUGUGGGGUGGGCUUGGAGGGACACACGCAAAUGAAAUGCUUAAUUUAAAAGGGGGAUUUGCUAUAAAAGCUUGUGAAAACCGAUAGCAGAGGAUGGAUGUCUGUGAAAUUUCUGCAGAAAGCUCAGCACAGUUUUAUCCAACAUUCCAUUUAAUGUAAUUAAAAAAAAAACUAAUUGGGAAUUUCUUCUCCUGUCUGGUUCUGAAAACAUAUCCCCCUCUCUUUAUUGAAAAAAAAACAUGUGUUUUCUUUUAUGAUGCCUUACUCUCCUCAUUGAGUUUAAAGAAAUGGAAGCUAAUUAACCCAGGAGCAGACAGUUAAUUUUAAGCUAGAACCACUUGCAUGAGAUAGAAGUAGCUGGAAAUCAUUUAAACAUAUACGGUUUGUUGGGGAGGGGUUGUUUAACCUCCUCUUUCCAAUUUUUGGAAUUCAAUCUGAUAAUGAGACAGAAUGCUAUUUCUUAAGGGUAUUGUGAAACGAACUAGGGUUGGCACAUACCCGAAAAAGAGAUCAGAAUAGUAUUUGCAGGAAGGGUGACUUAGAGACCAAGCAGAUCUUUCCCCUCUCUAGGAUGUAUACAUCAUAAAUCCUUUUGAGACAGAAAGGGAGCAGUUAGUAGACUUUCAGGGUGAAAUUCUGGGCUAAUUGAAGCCAAAAUGGCAAAACUCCUAUAGGCUUCAGUAGGGCGAGGGUUUCACACUCAGGCUAUGCCUAUACUGGCAACUGAACAACAAAACUUUUGUCUUUCAGAAAAAAACAACCCAAAAGACAAAAGUUUUGCCAGCAACUAGUGCCAGUGUGAACAGUGUGCCAGACUCUCCUGCUAACAACGCAAACGCCGUUUGUUGGGGGUGGAAGUGUUUUGUCGGCAGGAGAGCCGAGAAACAGCAGCUUCACGGUUCGACUUUUAGCAGCACAGCUGUAGCGAGACAACCAUGUCGCUAAAAGCUGUGUAGUAUAACCGUAGCAUCAAUCUUAUUUCUGUUUGCUUUGUUACCUUGUGUUCCUUUAAUCAGGACAGUUGGAGAGUGCUGUGUAAAUGACAGUGUCUUACACAUGUCUAAACUUCAGACCAAAUUCUUCCCUGAGAUUUAAAUGGGAGCUCCACACAGAGCGGAAUUUGGUUUAGUGAGCAUUACAAUCGAUCAAUGUGUCUCUCCCAUAUCUAACUCAGGCUAUGUGUAUGCUACAACCGGAAUCCAUGCUCUGAAAUCGAUCCACCGGUGGUCGAUUUAGCAGGUCUAGUGAAGACCCACCAAAUGGACAGUAGAUCACUCUCUAGUCAACCCUUGUACUGUACCCCCAACGAGAAGAUAAGUCGACAGGAGAGUUUCUGCCGUCGACCCCCCACGGUGUAGACCGUACAGUAACUCGACCUAAGGUACGUCGACUCCAGCUAUGUGAAUAACACAGCUGGAGUUGCAUAGCAUAGGUCAGCUUA